AUGGAAUCCUUCGGAUAUCCUAUAUUUCUUUCCCUACUCUCCCUCACCCACGCACAAUCUGAAUCAUCGCUACAGUUUGUGGAGUUGUGGUUCCGACAUGGUGAACGUCUUCCGACACAUUACGUCCAAUUUCCAAACGAUCCUCCUCCUGUCGUCCCGUACACAGAGGCAGAAGCUGGUGAACUCACUAAUAGAGGAAUUCAACAAGCUUAUCAAAGAGGAGAAUUUAUUCGGAAAAAUUACGGUAACUUUCUAGGAAACGUGUAUCGACCAUCACAGAUUAGUGUCUGGACAGGAGUUGAUAAUCGUACGGUCACAUCAGCUCAAGCAGUUCUAUCCGGAGCUUACAAACCGGAUAAGGAUCAUAAAUGGUCAACUACUCUGAAUUGGCAGCCGAUAGCAACACAUACCGAUCCAACUAUCGAUUGGGUGUCCACAGGGAUUACCAGUGUAUGUCCAGUGUAUGAAGAUUCGUUUUACGUAUCCACAGCGUAUCAGGAUAUUUUGACCCCGUUCGAUCCAUCAUUUAUUCAAUUUCUUGAGAACAAAACUGGAGUUGCUGUUGAAUCACCGAUUGAUUUCAAUCAUAUUAUAGAUUCUUUGUAUACAAAGGUCACAAUUAAUGAUCCACGAAUACCGUAUCCGGAAUGGGCAGAAUCUAUUCGAGACAAUCUUACCGAAAUUCGAACGAUUUUUCACAAACGAAUGGUUGAUGCGCAGAAUGAUACAGCUGGAAAAUAUCACGCCGAACUCUUCCUUUCCUACAUCGAAGAUCAUCUUAAUCGCCCCGAACUCGAAAAGAACAAAGCAGUUUUUGUUUCAGGGCAUGAUACUAACUUUCUCGCUUUGGGACGACAUUUAAAUAUUACACCAAUUUCGAAUAAAAUGGUAUCCUAUGCCGCAUUACUUGCCGUUGAACUUCAUUCAAUCAAUGGGACCCACAUUGUCAAAAUCUAUCUCUCUUCAUCAUUAGAGGAUCAACCGCAAAUGGUAGAAAUUGCUCAAUGCAAAAAUCCAUGCAAACUUGAAACGUUACAAACUCUUUUAAAGGACAGUAGAUUAAGUCGAGUCGAUUGGGAACUCGCAUGUCGUGGAUAUGGUCCUCAAAUUCCAGAAAGUGCUGUAUUAACUGUUGCAGGUUCAAUGCUUAUUCUGCUAGCUGUGUUUAUAGUUUCUACAGUAAUACUCGCAUCCACAUUACGUUACGAUCCAUACAAUGAAUUCUCGUAUGUAGCGUUAAAUAAACAACGUCGUGGUGAGGUUGAACGUCGUAACAGUGAAAAACUUGAAAAUCGUUACGGUGCACCAGCAGUGAAGAAGAUUUACGUGAAAGCUAAUGGAGAUCCACGUAGUAAAAGACCAAAAUUAUUCAUUUGGAGAAAAUGGCAAUCACCAACAUUAGCGGAUCUUCGAUCCGAUGUUGGUCCAUACGUUGGUUUAGAAUCUGCUGAAGCUAUAUAUGACAUACCAGAUUCCGAUGAAGAAUACGAGGAAGAAUACCGAGAAUCUCUAACACGUGCCGGUAGAAAUACGUCAAUGUCCGCUCCGGAAAUGUUCGCAUCCAGACAAUCAAUCUACGAUAAUGUGCCAACCCCACUUACCCCACCACCUAAACCUUAUCAAUCCGAGAGAGUGUCAUCGUCACAAGUUCAACGUAAAUUCACCACGCAGGUCCCACAAUUACCCUCCACAUCCCGAACGAAACGAACAGCUCGUCGAAACAGUGUCGGAGGUUUAAGCGAUUGGGAUGAAUACGAGAAAUAUUAUAGAGAUGCGAUUGGAAACAAUUCAGAAUCACCACGAAAAGCACGCAAGAAACGAUAUAGAACUCGUGUUAAAAACAACAACAAUAACAACAACAAUGCAGGAUACGCAAGAAGGGAAUCAAGAAGAUAUUAUGAUGAGGAUGAGGAUCGUUAUGGACGUCGUGCGAACGAUGGAUACACCUCAAAUGAUGAUCGUUAUCGUGUUAGAAAUCCUACAACUGUACCAAGUCGAUCCAGAAGCGCUAACGAUGAUUUUCGGCAGGAUGAUUUCGUGUCAGAUUUCGAUACAGACGAUACGAAAAGAAAAGAUAGACAGGCAUUAGCUAAACAUAAACAGAAAUACUCCAAUCUUACACGAUCCACUAACGACGUCAUCUAUAACCGCCGAGAUCAGACACAUCCAGACGCCUACAUCAUUUACGUAUUCCUUAACGGUCAAGGUAUGGAAUGUCAACAUAUGCAUUUUCAAAAGAAACAACUUGCUAAAGGGAUGAAUUACGUCCUAGAGCUUAUCGCUCGCCGUUUCAAUGUGAAUCCAUCCAAAUUAUGCGAUAUGGAUGGACAUCGGAUUGCAGAACCUUCACAGUUAAUGUCAAGAGGUGCCUAUGUUCUUGUAGCAGCUGGUCAAUCAUUCCGUGAUACAUGGUAUUUUCUUCCGGAUAAUGCAAUAGAUACAAGUUCUGAUCGAGAUCGAAUCGAGGAACGAAAUGAUCAAAGAGAUCGUCUCCUACAACGAAGAGAGCGACGAGAACGGACUAAACUAAAAUCUCAAAAAUCCCAGCAUAGAACACAAACGAAUGAACGGAACGUGAAUCAAACGGUAACGCCUGGUAGACGUUUUGGUAAUACUUACUCAUAA